AAGAUGAUUGCUUCAGACCCUUUUCUUGUUUCUCUUACUGCAUUGCUGCCAAUUCCUUUGUUUCAUACUCAUCAAACACGUGAAAUCACGAGGAAGCAACUUUCCUCCGUCACCCAGAAAGCUUCCGAUAAUCGGAAACCUUCACCAAAUCGGAGAUCUUCCGCACAAAUCGCUCCAAGAACUCGCCUUCAAGCACGGUCCUCUCAUGUCCGUACACUUUGGAAACACUGCUAUCUCGUGGUUUCUUCCGCUGAUGCCAUCGAAGAGAUCACUAAGAGCCAUGAUGUCGGUUUCUCUAACAGACCCCCGAACACAUCUCUAACUCCUCUCAAGGGUUCUGGUCGGGACAUGGUGUAUUCUCCUUAUGGAGAUCACUGGAGGCAAGUGAGGAAAGUGUCUGCUCUUCAUUUGCUGAGCAAGAACGUUGUUAAGGGGUUCCAGAGUGGAAUAAGAGACGAGGAGAUAUCGGAUAUGUUGAAAACUAUCCGGCUCUCAUCCCUCAAAGGCUCGGAUAUCGACUUAUCUGACGUGUUCCUGUCCCUUGUGAACAACGUCGUUUAUAGAUCUUUCACGGGCCGUAGAUACAAAGAGGUUAAAGGUAUGAGCUUUGGAGAGUGGGAUCUCAAGUUCAAGAAGCUCAUGGGAGCGUUUUGCUUCGGGGAUUUGUUCCCGAGCUUCGCAUGGAUGGACGGACUAACGGGUUACACGAAAAACCUAAAGAGAAUCUACAAAGAGUUGGACGUUUUCAUGGAACAUCUCAUCAGCGAGAGCCGUGGACAACAUAGUUACUUGGAUUCUCUUUUCCAACUCAAAGAGGAAGAGAAACUCGAAUACCUUGACGAUAUCAAAGCAAUCGCACAGGGAAUAUACGUUGCAGCGGUAGAAUCUGUUGCGUUGGAGUUAGACUGGAUAAUGUCUGAACUCAUAAGGCACCCCGAUUCAAUGAAGAAGGCGCAGGAAGAAGUGCGUCUUGUCGUCGGAAACAAGCCCAAGAUAAGCGGCAACGACAUUGAUCAGAUGCAUUACUUGAAAUGUGUUAUAAAGGAGACAACUAGGUUACACCCUCCAGGCAUCAUCCCACGAGAAACAACUGAAACUGUGAGGAUAUACGGUUAUGAGAUUCCGCCCAAGACAAAGGUACUUGUCAACGCACACGCUAUCCAAUCAGAUCCCAAGAUUUGGGAAAGCCCUAACGAGUUCGUGGCCGAAAGAUUCGAGGGGACGAAGAUAGAUUACAUGGGCAACCAUAGGGUUUCAUCCCUUUCGGGUUUGGCCGUAGGAACUGUCCAGGCAUGUCGUUUGGUGUCUCCUUGCUCGAAGACACGACAGCGAAUCUUUUACAUUGGUUCGAUUGGGAGAUGCCGAAUGGUUUAGAGCCACGAGACUUGAACAUGGACGAGACGUUUCAGUUCGUUGUCUCGAGAAAGUACCCUCUUCGGCUCGUUCCCGUUGCUCGGUUUCCCCUUUGAUUGAUUUCUUUGUUUCUGGUUUAUGAAACUAUACGUUUUUUUAUAUUAUUUAAUUUGCA